UUGUGUUGUUGCUUAUUAUUUUCUAUUGCUUUCAGUAGUAAAUGUAACUGAAUCGUGUGUAAGUUCUGGGUUGUUGACUCACCUUCUAUUUUGUUCUUCUCCUCAACAGUCAAUGUCACGCUACUCUUCAUGCCUCCCUGGAACCACCUAGCUCGGCUCAAGCCCCUACAACAUGAAGCUGAUUAAUAACGCCCAACCAAAAGAAUGCCUAUUAAACUUUUAGGGCUCAAUAUUUUAAUUCAUUUUUAAAUUUACUAAGUACAUAUAGCAAUCAGCGAUCUCAUUUAUUGAACAUAAUUUUCGUCGAUGCUAAGGUCGUUUGGAUCAAAAGGCGCGUCAUUCCGCACGGUGUAAGAACCUUGUGGAGACCACCCACCGCUAGUUUCGUGACAGUCGGUGUCAUGGAGGGUGUAGCAAUUCAAACAGGAUAUAAUAGAAAUAAUGUCACUUCUGCUUUGAAGCCUGAUGAAUAUAGGAACUAUGGCUUUCCUCUUGGACAAAGUUUUAAACUAGAAGACAUACCGUGGAAGUCAACGGAAAAGGAAUACGAUUUCGGUGUCAUUGGACUGCAUUCUGAGAUAAAAGACUUCCUGAACUACAUAUCACCGAAUCCAGCAGAACAGUUUGCUCGCGAGAUAGUCGUUGCCAAGGUUAAGGACAUUGUGUAUGGUCUGUGGCCAAAUUGUCAAGUUGAUGUCUUCGGAAGCUUUAAGACAGGCUUGUAUCUUCCCACAAGUGACAUUGAUAUGGUCAUAUUCGGGAAAUGGGACGCCUUACCUCUACAUACUUUAGAACAAGCUCUGUUCAAAAGUGGCAUUUCAUCUGAAAUCAAGGUUUUAGACAAGGCCACAGUACCGAUUGUAAAAAUGACAGAUAAAGAGACAGAACUUCGAGUGGACAUUAGCUUUAAUAUGAUUAAUAGUGUCAAAGCGGCGGAGCUUAUCAGAGUUUUCAUGAAAAAAUACCCGUGCCUCCCAUACUUGGUGUUCGUCUUAAAGCAAUUUUUGCUUCAACGAAGCUUAAAUGAAGUGUGGACUGGAGGAUUGAGCUCAUACGCACUCAUAUUAAUGUGUGUUAGUUUUCUGCAACACACACUACGACCCGAAGUCUCUAUUGAUGAUGUCAAUUUGGGCAUUCUAUUGGUCGAGUUCUUCGAGCUUUAUGGUCGUCAUUUCAAUUACAGAAAUACAGCUAUUCGUAUCACAAAUGGUGGGUGUUAUGUUCGUAAGGAAGUUGUCCAACAAAAUAUGGAGAGAGGCUUACGUCCAUCGCUUCUUUGUAUUGAGGAUCCGCUUUGCCCUGGUAACGAUGUUGGUCGUCGAUCCUAUUGUGCACUCCAAAUUAAACAGGCUUUUGAAUAUGCCUACGUUGUUCUUAGUAGUGCCGUACUUCCUCAGUAUCAUUUUUUGCACUGCAACACUGAUGUUUCAAUACUUGGACGAAUCAUUCGUAUUUCCAAAGUAAAUGGGUGUUUUUAGUAGUUCCUAUGCCCCUAUUUUGCUAACCCGUUAAUAAUCAAUUCUCUCUAGAAAGCAUUAUAAUUGUCGCGAAAAGCCAAUUGAGUUCUCUGAUUUUUUGAAUCACCUCACUAAUAUGUGAUGAAUUUUAGGGGUCCUUAACUAAUGAGUGAAGUGGAAGCGAUUCAAAACAGCUAGUCUACUACGGAAUAAGAAUAAGCUUCUAAAUAAAGUCCAGACUUUGAAUCAGUGCGGAAACUGAAAUUAUCCAUUGUAUCUUCUGAUACUACUUAGACCUGGUUAAGCAUAUCGAUGGAUUUUCUGUGAAUACUUUUUUUUGUAUCUCUUCAGGCGCAGAUCCAUAUACUUGGUUUUGAACUACACUCAAAGCGUAAGUCCUAGUGAUGCUACCUAGUUGCUCAUACCGAAGUAGGUAAAGCGGUGUUCACAACUGUAGACACUACAUUCAUUUCAAAGCUCAAUAAAUAGGACCCAUGCUAAAUCGACUGUACUUCAACUGCCGAUUUUAGUUAGAUAUUGUAUCAUAUUAGGAAUUGUUGGUCACAUAGCUGAAAUCUGCCCAUUCUACUAAAUGAUGUCAGUAUUUACAAAUUGGGUGCUCCCUUAGCUUUAUUAAUUUUAUGCUGUAUCAUCGAGAGUGAACAUCUUAUGAUCUACGUUCACAAUGUUAUAAUGCUAAAAGUUCAUACUUGUGCUCUACUGAACUAGUUUCUAAGCUGUUGCUGAAGCUUAAUAUUGAUACUAACUUAUCAGGGGGAGAUCAGUCCACUAUAUAUCAUAUGCCUUAAAAAUUAGUCCUAUGCUUAGAAUUACUUGUUUUAAGUCUGCAAAAAAUUUCUUCUAUGAUUAAAUCAUGCUUAAAAUAUGUACACUUAGUUUUCGUUUUGUCUUAUUGCCCGCACUAUUAAGCGUAACAUCUACCACUAAUGGUCUCAAAAACAAAUAGUUCUGUUAAAAAACUGGUUAGUCGAAUAGACACUGAUUAAAUUUUUUUAAAAUCGCGAAAGAAAAAAGGGACCAGAGUUUUUCUAAGGUUUUCAGCAUUUAGUUUGAAAAUUGUUAUUGAAACUAGUGGCUUUCUGUUUUUUAGAUAAUGUUCGUACAGGUGUUCAUCUCGUCUUCUCGAGUAGUUAUGUUAAUGUUAACGUAAUUUUUACAAGUAGAGCGACUAUGAUAAUCAAAUAACUAAGUUUUGUAGUGUGUUGUGGGACGUUGGUUAGUUAAAGAUUUUGGGAUUUUACCAUUACAAUACAUCCCUCAACUCUUGUUACCACAGAAACUUAGUUGUUAGCUGCGAAAAAUCUUACUUAGAAGCCGUCGCUGAAUUGAAGUACUUGAUUUAAUUACUUCAUUGUGUAUUCAAUAUUUCCUAACCCAACUUCCUUAUCGUUGUAAAUUUUGACUUCGCAAAAACCAGUUGCGCUAGCUUCGUUGUUUGGAUUGUGUGUGUCAGUUUGGUUUUCUGUAUUUACGAGAUAAAUUGUCUUUAAUUUUAUACAAAACAAGCUUCAUUUCUAACCUAUUUUAUGGUUUUUGCAUACAUGUUUUUCCAAGUAUUAUUUCCAAUGUUGUCACCGGUGUUAAUCAUUUUGGAAUGAUUUUUCAAAACCUGUAGAAGUCUGUUGAAUUCCGUCAAAGGAUCCAAGAUUAUGCUCAUCACCUACGCGCUUCACUCCCAGUAAAUACAAAAAUGUUGCAGGGAAGUGUAAGUAGCAGAUCUCAAAAUUUCAUCGUUCCAUCGAGUCCCUGGGUCGCACAGUCCAACCUGAACACAGUCAAUAGAAUAGAUUGUACACUGCCACCAUCUGUAGAACAAAGAACUAAUUUUUCUGUGCAUUCCAAUUUACCUGUUGUUCCUAGAAAUGAACAACUUGAUCUGCCGAUUCUUGUUUGGCAAUCGAAUCCCAGUGUUAAUGCAUCCCAAGUACCAAAGCUUUCCGGUGCACAAGAUGAAUGUGUUACCGAUGACAAUACUUCUCGAUCACAGAUUAAUUUCUCAGUAGAAAAACCCGUUAGUAUUUCUAGUUCUGACAGCUAUAACGAGCAUAUUGAAAUAAUUAACUCGGAAACUUCAAGUGAUGAAGGAGACCUUCAUUGCAAUACUAAUGGCGAAUCCGAUGUUGAAAAACCUGGAGAAUACAGCGUAUUAGCGGAUGAACUGUGAGUUAAACACUUAAAAUUCUGUGUUGUUUUAGUGAAAUGUCUAGUUGAGUGUCAUACAUAAUACAAUCGUUCAUUAAUAUUUCAGGUGACCUGUGCUAUUUUCAUAUUCUGUUAGACUAUUUGUUAUCUUUGCUUUAGUUUUUACAAUUUCCCUAGUCUUAAUCCGUCGAAUUUUUCAGUAAAUAUAAUGUCUGUUUCUUAGGUAACUAGUACUAUGUAAAUGUAGUUAUAAAUAAUUAUUAGAAUACCUCAACUAAUACUUUGGUAUCUCACUAAUGAGUUAGUCAGGCUUUAAAUCAAUAAAGUAAUCAACUGUAUUUUAACAAGUACUAAAUUUCUGCUAGGAGGAACACAAAUAUAUUUGUCAAACUAAUGUUUGAAACUUCAGGAAAUUCAUUUAAGGUGUUUUUCUUACUUCAUUAUUUAUGAGAUGUCACUAGAGUUACGACCAACUCGUCUUACAGUUAGGUUACUAUUUUAUGACAAAUAUUUGGAAAACGAUUCAUUCUUGACAAUAUUGAGGAUUUAAUUUUGCCUAUACAGUCGUUGUGUGUGAUAAUGCUUCAAUUAAUCCCUAGGAUUUUUCACCAUAUUUUUUAGUGCUUCCCUAACAACAUUUAACCAAAUAGAGAAGAAAAACACUUUAUCCCCAAUAGUUAACACUGAUUCGUUAAAGUCUUCAGAGGUUACUUUCAGAAAACCCCACCAAGGUCGUAAAAGACGCUGCUUACGGGUAUUAACAUCCUCCAAACCCAACGCGGGUAACUCUUCAAAUCAGCAGUCAAGAAAUCUCCGUGAUGAUUGUAUCGUGUCUAUGUAUCCAAACGUAAGAGAUGUCGCUUUUUCGGCCCAAAGAACAAGUUCCCAAAACCAUGUUCACGGAAAAAGUAACAGUUUUUGUAAGUCAUAUGAAAAACCACAUCAAAGUGCCUUGGUUUGUUUCCCUACCUCUGUUGGAUCUCAAGUUUCGCGCUCAAAUAAUUCGGGUUCUAAUAGUUUUUCCCGCUUGUCUCAAGCACAAAAACGCCAUGCAACAACUUCUAGACGCUCAAAGUAGACUGCGAUACACUUUUGUAAAUAGAUUCAUAUUUAUAUAUACUUACCUGUUAAAUUUUUAGUUUAUUUCCUACCUAAUUUUUGUGUACAUAUCCCAAUAAUUUACCUAUCUCUUUUCAGUUUUUUGAAAACAUAAAAAAGUCACCCGAGUUUUGCCUUAAGCUAUUAUUUAUCGUUUUGAUUAUUUUGGUCGUAUUUCUUCAAAUCAUAUAAACAGAAAAUAUAUACUAAAACCAACUGUUGUUUCCAAACUAGGUUAUUUACAGUAAAGUGAAGUGAGAUAUGUACCCAGUUAUGUAAAUAAUAAGCAUUUUGCAAAACUGGUAAAUCCUCUUACUGCUUAUUCUAUAUUUUGCCAGUAUUUUUUCUCGUUUUUCCCUGCGAAAUGCCUUUAUACCAACAUGUGUAUCUUCAUCUGUAACCUUUGGACAAAAACAAAUGACAACACUGUGAUUCUUCCGAAUAACUUGAUUCGAUCGCUUUGCAUAUGUUCAGAGUUUUCAUGUGUAUGUAUUUGCAGACACACCUCUAGAUUUACUUGUAUUUUGUUUUAUUCAGUGUUAGAAAUGAAUAAAAUUUGGGAGACCUAUCAUUUUUUAAUAAGCUUACUAUUUAUUGACUUCAUUAUAUUGCAAAGUAGCCGGUCGGGGUUCAUUUAUAUAAUAUUCAGAUUUAUCACAGAAAAUUUGCGUUACAAAUUUAUAAAUCACUUACUUUCUAGUUGCAUUAGUGGGUUUUACUAUUCAACGUUGGCGUCUACUACAUCACGUAAGUUGUGUCUAGACAAAUGCACCAACAAUUUUGGCAGAAGUAUUGUCACAGACUGCAUUUGCUAAGAUUGUUUCAAUGUCAAUCCAAUAUUUGAUCCAACUAUUUAACCACAAGCUUGUUAUCCUAAAAUACGACGACAUUGAUUCCAAGGUUCCACUAUACCAUGUCGUGUUUGUUCGUAUGUACCUAAUCUGUUAUUGAUAAGAAACAAGACACAGGUGUAGAGGGCAAUAUAUUUGUUCGAUGAAUGUAGUAAGGUGUAAUCGACAAGCGUAAACGAGUUGCGCAAAUGCAUGGUGUUUUUAUCAGUGAUUCCAACGUUUAACUAUAUACUCAAUCGGUUUAGUUCUUUCGAAUUAGGUUUUUCUGACCUAUUUCAUCCCAUAACUUUUCGGCAUAUUAUUGAGCAGUUUACUAGUAGUUUAGUAUGUGUAUUUCGAGACACAUGUAGCUUUGAUUCGUGCUUUAAUACCUUGUGCUGGAGGAUGUCUCAGUAAAGGUAUCUACGUCAAACAAUGGUAGAUGGUCUCUCAGUUUCGUGGAUUGGUUGAAGUUAGACAUUAGCAUCGUCAGAUGCCGGCUCAGUGGUCUAUAGUUUAAGUGUUUUCGCGCGAGAACAAAGUUCCUAGGUUGGAAUCCCGCGUGCGGGAUCGUAACGCUCACUUCUGAGGAGCCCCAUAAUGAGACGAAAGCACCGUCCAGCGUUUCCAGUUUUUCAGUGGUGGUCUGACAUCAACCGAUGCAUGAUCUCAAUUAAAAUGUUUGAUUUUCUGUGACAUUUAGUGUAUUGUGGAUAAGCUUUUUUAAUACCAAAAUUAAUUUAUAACGAUUUAAACAUAAGUACCCGUGUUUUUAUUUACAAUCUCGAAGGAUUCAAUACUUGACAUAUGAUUCUCAUCUCAGUAUCAUGUCCAGUUACGUUAUUACUGAGAUUCUGCGGCUGAUAUGAUCGAUAGCGUGCGAUCAGCAUUAAGGGCUAGACAGUAUAGCAGUAGUUACUACCUAGUGUAUUAUUAAACUGCCAACAAAGUUUUAAGAUAAAGACUUGAAGAAUCUUGAAUCGGGAACUAGCUUUUCAAUUCUCUUUUGUGACUUCCAUAGUUUUUCAAAUGCUUUUAACUUCUGUGUAGUUUGGUGCUCAAUCAAGAAAUUGAUUAUCUUGGUGGGAGGUAGUGUCGAUUAGCUGCGGCAUUGUUGCACUGCCGAACGGCUCAGCAACGGUGUACAUUAAUUUCUUGUUUUUCAAUUGCCUUGUACAAAAAUUUCUCCAAUAAUGUCUUAAGGGAGAGAGUUAUAUAAUACGUUUUCUGCUCAAUAAUAUUUGAAUAUAAACUUUCACCUUCAAACUGAUGUCCCUUUAUAUAUGUAGAUAAGUCUCAUUCUGUUAUCAACAUAUCAAAUAGAAAUCGUUUAAACAGUAAACUAACUUAAGAUAGAACUGAAGUUUUGAUCCUUAGAGCAUCG